AUGUCUCGAUACCUUCUACUCAUCAUCGCUUUCGCUAUCGUUCUUUGCAACACAUCAACAAUCUCCAACUACUGGGGUUCACACAACUGUCAAGGCUCUUACCACCGUUGCUACAACCGCCGAGCAGGGCAGUGUUGUGAAGACAACGAGACCUUUCGUUCCGCUAAGUUUGGCGGCCUUCCUAAAGGCCCCAAGACUUGUGUAACAAACGACCAAGACCCUCACGACUACUGCGGAGUGUCGCAGAAGGCAAUCCUCACAUUCAAAAGCACGACCUGUCUUACCGGUAACGGAUACGCUUGGUCAGGCGGAUCUAUCUUCUUUGACUGCAACUACAUUCGUGAGCAGAUGUGCCUCUCUGACCGUGGUCUUGAACAUAGUGAAGAUAUGCCUGAUCGCGAUACGAAAUUGCCUGACAUCAAGUGUACCUCUUCACACAAGCCUGACGUUGUCGGAGCUUAUGGAUACGAAUUCUUUGUCUACGACACUGAUUUGGCGAAGAAGUAUGGGAAGGCCGCGUUAAAUGAUGAGGAAACAAAAGAAAUCUUGGCACUUGUUAAGGGUUCUUCUGAAUCCUCGCUGGAGGAUCUGCUGGCAAAGUUUGGGCACAGUGCUGUGAAGGAGGGGGAGAUUCAAGAUGAGUAG